ACCAUUAUGGGAUUAGCAUGAUUCUAGAAAGUCACGGAUCACAUAUUUUGUAUAUAUACUCUUUGAUAGAGACAAAGCAAUACACAGAGAAUAUCAUUCUCAUAAACCAACAUGGUAUCAAGCCUCCAUCUCUGAUUCUUUUUCUCCUCUCGAUCUUUUCCCUUCUCCCUCCUACUCGCAAGUCAUACUACUCCAACCCUCUCUUCUUCUCAGAUCAAACCCAUGGAUCCUAAAAAUCACCCCGCCAUCACCGUUUCCAAUAUAAAAAAUUUUAUCCCGAUCACCCUUGAAAUGGAAACGAGCCAAUAUGCCUCAUGGGCAGAACUCUUCAAAAUCCAUUGCCGAGCCUUUCAAGUACUUGAACAUCUCUCACCCCGUCAAGUUGACCCACCCGCUGCUGCCGCCAAAGAUGCCGACAAGGAAAAAUCGUCCGACUCCGAUAAGCAAAAAUCAUCCGCCAAGGAUGACGACAUAUGGAAUCGUCUUGAUGCCAUAGUCCUUCAAUGGAUCUAUGGCACCAUUUCACAUGACCUUCUGAGCACAAUUAUCCGCCCCGAUUCCACCGCUUCUUAUGCUUGGACAGCUUUGAAAAGCAUAUUUCAUGACAACCAAACAACUCGUGCCGUUUUGUUGCAAAAGAAAUUUGCUAAUACCAAACUCGACUCUUUCCCGUCAAUGACGGCCUAUUGUCAAGAGGUGAAAAUGCUUUCGGACCAAUUGGCCAAUGUCGGUUCACCGGUCAACGAACAAACCCUCGUCAUUCAACUUCUCUCCGGGCUUAAUGAAGCCUAUGGAAGCGCUGCCACCAUCAUUCAAAAUAAGGAUCCCUUUCCUACCUUCUACGAAGCCCGCUCUCAAUUGAUCCUUGAAGAGACUACCAAAGCAAACCGUGUCGCAAAUGAUACUGCUUUUCACACUUCUCACCAACCACCUAAUUCUAACACAAAUACCUCCACUCAACCCACUUUUAAUCGAAAUGGAAAUAGAGGCAGGGGCAGACAUCGCGGUCGCGGAAGGGGCAGAACCUCAACAUCAACAUUUCCUUCUCAAUACCCUCACUCACAACAGCCACCAACCUACUACCCACCUUUUGGAGCCCACUCUCAGCAACCCACUGCCCAAACACAUUCCCCAUCAUACUGGACCCAACCGAAUAACAACUACUGGCCCGCGCCACCUUGCCCCUACCCCACCACAUUACCUUCUCGGCCCAACAACCCAAACCCAAGUCAAGGCAUAUUAGGCCCUCGACCUCAACAGGCCUAUACUGCAACCGAACCAGCCCACAUACCAACCGAACUUGGCCAAGCUUUCAACAGUUUUACUCUAAACCCGCCCGAUCAAAACUGGUAUAUGGAUACGGGCGCCACAGGAUCUCCACACGCGGGAGCCCCUCCUUCGAUGUGAUAGCACCGGUGACCUCUACCCUCUCACCGCCCCCUCAAGAUCACAAGCUCAAGCUUCUCAUGCACCGGUCUCUACUUUUUUAGCCGUGUCUCAAGAUACUUGGCAUCGCCGUCUUGGACAUCCCGGAAAUAAUAUUUUACGUCACUUAAAACCUUGUUUGUCUUCAUUUUCCAAUAAUAUUAAACUUUCUAAUGUUUGUGAACCGUG